AUGAAGAUUUCACUCAUUGGAAGCAUGCUGCUUGCAGCUUUGCCAGCAUCUACCAAUGCAAUGGUACCAUCCAUUCGUAACGUUGAUGCUGUCCAUCGUCAUACUAACCAUACUCAGGUCUGGCCCACCUUACCCAUCUCCGCCAGCAUGUAAAAGAAGUGUGCCGCCCCUGAUGGACUGUUCUGUAAGGAGGCUGGUGACAUUCUUGCUGACUGCUAUACUUACCGUGACAACUUCUUGGGAGGUAUGCAUGAGUGUUUGUGUGGUGCACCAGAGUAAGUCUUCCUAAUACUCGUACUGAAGUAACAAUGAGGCUAACACGAAGUCAGUUGGAAGACUUGGGCUUCUACCUGUGCCUCUUGCAUCGCGAAGGAGUUGCCAGCUGGCGUACUCACAGACCCAAAGAAUUUGGUUGAGGAUACUAAAUCUGUUAUUGACGAAUACUGCAAGCUCCCACCAAACUUUAAGAAACCACUUGAGGAACUUGCUUUCUAUGGCGAUAUGUUGACUACCCGUUAUCAAUCACCCCUUCGAUUCUUCAACUUUGAAGUCCUUACAGAGCCAAUCCAUUCCGCAGAAUCUGUCCACCGCCACGAUAGCCUCAAGAGAAAGAACAUCAAUAGAGAUAGCCCUGUUGAUUGGCCAGAAUUGCAAGCCUGCUACAGUAAGUACUUCCACAAAUUAAGCUAUAAAACUCGCUAAUCAAGCGACAGCAUCCGCUGAAUGCAACGCCGCUCGUGGGUUCUGGGAUACCUGUUUCCACCAUUUCUCACAACAAGAUAGCCCCUACGACGCCGAGCACACCUGGAACUGCUUUUGCAGACAGCAAGGCCCAGAAACUGGUCCUGCGGGAGGAAUCGAUGGCCCGUGAGUCCCUCCGUUCCAAAUUACUUCUUUGCUAUCGUAACACUAAUACAUUUUUAGAUGGGGAAGAAAUGCAACGGCUUGUAACCAAUGUAUCAACAAUGUCAUCGCACCUUCCAAGCUCGACUCCUACACCAUCAUCAGCGAGUAUUGCUACAUCCAAAUCGGCCGGUUCGAGGCAGCAGCUGAGGGGAUGGUCUGGAGAGCCACUCAACAGACAAUUGAACAGGGUUCUCCGAUUCAAUUGUUGAACUAUACCCUGGUUUUGUAG